UCCGGAUCUAUAAAAACUCUGGUUCCUUGGCUCUUAAAUACCUCCGCCUCUUAUUUUUCUUUCCUCCUCCUUCCUUUUUCUUCCUUUUUUACAAAAAUAUCAAAAUGUGUGGCAUUUUCGCCGUCUACAACUAUCAGGGCGAUGCUGAAGCCUAUCGUCAGCGUGCUUUGUACCUGUCAAAGAAGAUCAGACAUCGUGGUCCUGAUUGGUCUGGCUGCUACACCACCAAGAACCACAUUUUCAGCCAUGAACGUUUGGCCAUUGUUGGUGUUGACACUGGUGCCCAGCCCCUUGUCAGCGACGACGAAAACUACGUUCUCUGUGUCAACGGUGAGAUCUACAACCACAAGCAGUUGCGUAUGAACUUGAAGGAGGAGCACGUCUUCAAGACCCACUCUGACUGUGAAGUCAUCAUGCACAUGUACAAGGAGAUGGGUACCGAUUUGGUUCAACACUUGGAUGGUAUGUUCUCGUUUGUCUUGUUGGAUGUCAAGCGCAACCGUGUCAUCGCUGCUCGUGACCCCAUUGGUAUCACCACCCUCUACUAUGGCUGGAACUCCAAGAUGCCUGGUACCGUCUACUUUGCUUCCGAACUCAAGUCACUCAACGAAGACUGUGACAAGAUCCUUGCCUUCCCUCCUGGCCACGUCUAUGACUCUGAGACCGAACAGACCACCCGCUGGUACCAACCUUCCUGGUGGGACGGUGAAAAGGUUCCCUCGACUCCCGUCGACCUCAAACUUUUGCGUGAGACCCUCGAACGUGCUGUCCGCAAGCGAUUGAUGGCUGAAGUUCCCUACGGUGUCUUGCUUUCGGGUGGUUUGGAUUCCAGCUUGAUCGCUGCUAUUGCUGCUCGUGAGACUGACAAGAUUGCCUCUGGCCAGAUCUCUCAGAACAACGACGAGGAGCGUUAUGAUGAGAGCGGUCCCACUCUCUGGCCUCGUCUCCACUCAUUCUCCAUUGGUCUUCCGGGCGCACCCGAUUUGAUCGCCGCUCGUGAGGUGGCUAAACAUCUCAACACCAUCCACCAUGAAUACACCUUCACCAUCCAGGAAGCUUUGGAUGCCGUCAGCGAUGUCAUCUACCACUUGGAAACCUACGAUGUCACCACCAUCCGUGCCUCUACUCCCAUGUACUUGCUUUCCCGCAAGAUCAAGGCCAUGGGUGUCAAGAUGGUCUUGUCCGGCGAAGGUGCUGAUGAAGUCUUUGGCGGUUACUUGUACUUCCACUCCGCUCCUGACGACAAGUCCUUCCACGCAGAGACCGUCACCCGUGUCAAGAACCUCCACUAUGCUGACUGCUUGCGCGCCAACAAGUCUACCAUGGCAUGGGGUCUUGAAGCCCGCGUUCCUUUCCUCGACAAGCAGCUCCUUGAAGUCGCCAUGAACAUCGACCCCAAGGAUAAGCGCCCUGACAAUUCCAAGGGCCGCAUGGAGAAAUACAUCGUCCGUAAGGCUUUCGAUACCUCUGAUGAGCCUGAUGUCAAGCCCUACUUGCCCGAUAGCGUCUUGUGGAGACAAAAGGAACAGUUCUCGGACGGUGUCGGUUAUUCGUGGAUCGACAGCUUGAAGGAAGUCAGCUUGUCCAAGGUCACUGAUGAAGAAUUCGCCACCGCUGCUCAGAGAUGGUCCAAGGAUACGCCUACCACCAAGGAAGCAUACAUGUACCGUGUCAUGUUUGAAGACUGGUUCCCUCAAGAGGCUUGCACUGCAUCCGUUGUACGAUGGAUUCCUCGGGCAGACUGGGGCUGUCCUGAAGAUCCUUCUGGCCGUGCCCAAAAGGCUCACGAUGCCGCAUAUCAAAAGAAAUAAUUAAAUUUCAUCAUUAUUAUACAUACUUCUUCCACUCACACCCAUCAUUUGAAUUCGUUUGAUAUUUGUUUUUUUCUUUAUCCUCAUCCUUCUCCCACUUCCGUCUCUCAUAUAUAAAAAGUGCUUACAAUAAAUAUAACUCACGGGACAGCAAAAGUAUUUAUAUAUAUACACACU